AUGUCCACCAGGAUCAGCAAGAGCGUCGACAGCUUCUUUGCCCAGGCCAGCCGCAGCACCACCUCCCAGAAGCUCGGGCUCCUGGGGGGCGUGGCGUACGGCCUGGUGCUGCCCAUGGAGACCGCCCACGUCGUGUGCGCCCUCCUCGGGAUGGCAGCUUACGUCGCGGCGAUCCUUGUGGGAAGGAAGGGCGCCAAGAAGCCGCCUGCGGCGCCUCGGCCCCAGGCGGCCCGGAGCGCCUGCGUCCAGCCGGGCAGCCGCCCGCGAGCACGCCGCACGCCCGAGGGGGCCGCAGCCCAGGCUUGGGCCUCGGCGGGCGGCGUGCGGGCCUGGCGCCCGCUGCCGGUGCCCUCCCACGAGCCGCAGGCCGACGAGCACCCCUCGGCCUUCGAGGGCCCGGACGGCGAGAAGCCGCACGCCGGGAAGCUGGGCCAGCGCCGCUGGGCGGCGGCGUCGGACGCGGCCGACACCCGCGACGACUUCCCCGCGGCGCGGGCGCAGACCGUGCGGGCCCGCGCGGAGCGCAGGCCGCCAGCGGGGGGAGGCACCAGCAGGCCCCGCGGCCAGGGCGCAGGAUUGGGCGUGCGCUGGUACACGCAGCAGAUCUCGGCUCUGGGCAAGCGCAAACAGUGGAGGGAGGCGUUGGACAUUCUGGCCGAGAUGCGAGCGGGCGGUGUGCAGCCCAACGUCAUCACCUACAGCGCGCUCAUCAGCGCUUGCGUGCGGGGCGGGCAGCCCGAGAGAUCCCUCGAACUGCUGCAGGAGAUGAAGGAGGAGGGCUUGGAGCCUGACGUCAUUACCUACAGCUCGCUUAUAUCCGCAUGUGCCAGUGCAAAGAUGACCGAGCGUGCACUUGAACUCUUUGAGGAGAUGCUGAUGCAGGGUCUGGUACCCAACAACAUAACCCACAACGCCCUCAUCACCGCUUGCGAGAAGGGCGGCGAGCCAGAGAAGGCCGUGAAGGUCUUCGAAGCCAUGAGGGAACGCGGGUUAAAGCCCGACGCCUUCACCUACAAUGCCUUGAUCAGCGCGUGCUCGAAGGGCAGGCAGCCGGACAAGGCCAUGUCCUUCUUCGAGUUGAUGCGGAAGGAAGGCGUGGCGCCUGACGUCAUAACCUUCAAUGCCCUCAUCGGCGCGUGUUCCCGGGGCGCCAAGCCUGAUUGCGCCUUGUUGCUGCUGGACACGAUGCAGGCCAGGGGCCUCGCGCCCAAUACCAUCACUUACAAUGUGUUGAUUAUCGACGCGUGCGAGAAGAGCCGCCAGCCUCAAAAGGCGCUGGACCUCUUCGAGGACAUGAAGAGACUGGGCGUGAAGCCCGACGUCAUCACUUUCGGUACUCUGAUCAGCGUGUGUGAAAAGGGGCGUCUCAGCGACAAGGCCAUGGAGCUCUACGACCAGAUGCAGGGCAGCGGGCUCACGCCGGACAUCAUCACCUUCAACUCGUUGAUCAGUGCGUGCGAGAAGGUACGGCAGCCAGAGAGGGCGAUGCAGUUAUACGAGAAGAUGCAGCGGCUCGGUGUUAGGCCCGACACCGUCACCUGUAACGCGCUGAUCAGCGCUUGCGAGAAGGGUUGUCAGACCGAGCGAGCGUUUCAGGUGUUCGCGUCAAUGGAGGAGCAAGGCCUCAAGCCCGACGUAAUCACCUUCAAUGCCCUAAUCAGCGCGUGCGAGAAGGGAGGGAGGCCAGAGAAGGCCUUGGAGCUCUCUGCUACCAUGCAGCGGCAGGGCCUGGCACCUGACGUCAUCACUUACAGCGCCCUCAUCAGCGCCUGUGCGAAAGGUCGCAUGCCAGAGAAGGCAAUGCAGCUGUUCGAGAGCAUGGAGCAGCGCGGUCUGGUGCCCAAUGUCAUUACGUGCAACGCUUUGAUCAGUGCGUUCGACAAGGGUGGGCAGGCGGAGAAUGACGUUCGAGGAUAUGGAGAGGCGAGGUAUCGCGCCCGACGUGGUGACCUACAACUCACUGAUCUCAGCGCUGGCAAAGGAGCGCAGGGCUGA